UGUACCAAAUCUGUUGUAUUAAAAUGGAGGAGGAAUUUCAGAAAUAUGAAGCAGAAAUUAACAGUGGGAGUGAGGGCGUGGAUGAUUCUUCAAGUGAAGACGAGGAAUCUCAUUAUAUUUAUGAUGACCUUCUGGGGCCAAGAGGUUCACCUUCAGUUCAGCCGUCUUUUUCAUCUGUAUACACCACCCCAAUCUCGAUGGGACCAGCAACAAAUUUGGGAUUGGAUUUAUUUGCUCAGCCAUUUUCAUCGGACUCAGAUGAAGAGUGGAGUCAGUUUACAACACUCCAACCCAUUCGGCCCGCAUCCUAUGCAUAUGUGGAACAGCAACAGAGCCCACAGCUGCAAUUCAAUUAUCCCACAAUCCAGACUUCUUCAGACAUUCCUUCAACAUCCACGACUACACCACGUGUAGGAAGGCCCCGUGGUCGUCCUAGGAUGUCUAGAAGUCCUCAAUAUCAACAAACCUCACCGAUCCAAAUAUAAACCAGCCACAACGCAAACCCAUCCAGUUUCAAGUCCAUUGCCAUCUACCCCAAGAUCUUCAGUUUGGGAUGAAAAUGAAUCCGAACAUCCUCCACAACCUAUUCCAUUCACAGGUCAGUCUCGGCAUCACCUGGAAGGACCAAUCUCUCCAUUAUCGGUUCUAUUUCAAUUUUUGGAUAGUGAUUUUUGGGAUAACAUCACAUCCCAAACCAACUUGUAUGCGGAACAAGAGAAGCAAAGAAUUGGAGAUAGUGCGACCCCACGAAGUUAUGUCAGUGAAUGGAAACCAGUAACAGUGGCUGAAAUAAAAGUCUUCCUUGGCAUCAUAUUGAUCAUGGGACUUGUGAAAAAACCACUGCUGAAGACCUACUGGUCAAAAAAGCCAAUGUAUGCCUCCAGUUUUUGUUCAAGUCUGAUGCCAAGAGAUAGAUUUCUGUCCAUAUUGACAUUUCUCCACCUCAAUGACAACACACAAUGGGUGAAAUACAACCAAAAUGGUUAUAAUCCACUUCAUAAAAUUCUUCCGUUUCUAAUCCUUUUAGAAGAAAAAUUUAAAAGUUUAUACAGUCCUGGAAAAGCCCUAAGUUUGGACGAAGGAACAUGUCCUUUCAAAGGAAGAGUAAGAUUCCGAUCUUACAUGCAGAAGAAGCCAAAAAAAUGGGGAAUAAAAAUUU